CAGUGAAAGGCAUGUGCAGAAUGUGACUGAGCACUAGAAAUGCAAGGAUUGAGCUGUAGGAAGAGAGACCCAUAAGUACAGUUAGAAAGAGGAGGAUGGUUGUGCGCUGAAAGAUAAGUGAUAAGAAAUCAAAAGAAAGGUGUGACAACUAAGGGGAGAGGCAGAGAAAGUUGAACCGAUUGUUUUUUUAAAGGGAGAGAAAAGCAAGGAUAGUGGAAAGGUUUACUGAAGUAAAAAUAGACAAGGGGAAUUGAGUUGGGGAGAUUAAAAGAGAUUAACUAGGGAGCGGACAGAAGGAAGUAACUAGAGAAAAAGUAAGGAACAAAAGGAGUAAAGGGGACAAGCAGAGAAGAGAGUGAUUGUGGAAGUGAGAACACCUGAUUGUUGCUGAUGAUUACAGACUUCAACUUCACAAUGAAUCUCUUUUUCAGUCCGUCGUGAAUGGUGGAAUUCAAACUGGGCAAAAGGAGGCCGCGAGGGAAUAAAUAAGAGGUGGCAAGCUGCAUUUGUGCUGGAGACGGGUGGGCUUGUAAGGAUACGGUGGCAGGGACACCUUCAGGUUGAGCCGGUGUGCUGAUUGGAGGAGGAGGAGGAGGAGGAAGGAAACUGACGUGGGCCUGGAGCCCAGUGAGAGCCAGGAUGGCCGAGCAGAAAGCACGCAGCCUCCCCGCUAAGCUGAUUAAUGGCGGCGUGGCAGGCCUGGUGGGUGUGACCUGUGUGUUUCCUAUUGAUCUGGCCAAAACACGCCUACAGAACCAGCAGGGGGCCCGGGUCUACACUGGCAUGCUGGACUGCCUGAUGAAAACCGUUAGGAUGGAAGGCUACUUUGGGAUGUAUCGAGGUGCAGCAGUGAAUCUCACCCUUGUCACACCUGAGAAAGCCAUCAAACUGGCAGCAAACGAUAUCUUCAGACAGAAGCUAUCCAAGGAUGGGAAGUUGCCCCUCUGGGGGGAGAUACUGGCAGGAUGUGGGGCAGGGACCUGCCAGGUGAUAGUGACCACACCCAUGGAGAUGCUCAAGAUCCAGUUGCAGGACGCGGGACGGUUGGCUGCCAUAAGCAGAGUGGUUGAAGCACCCACAGCAGCUCCUGGUCCCACUCCAUCGUUGGUGGCCCCUUCUCCUACCCAGCCAGCCUCUGCACCCCGGAUCACAGCCAUCCGAAUCACCCUGGAGCUCCUAAAGACUCGGGGCCUGCCUGGCCUCUAUCGGGGAGCAGGGGCCACGCUUAUGAGGGACGUCCCUUUCUCUAUGAUCUACUUCCCGCUGUUCGCCAAUCUGAACGCCCUGGGCCGGGGAGGGCCGUGUAGCCAUGGAGAUAUGCAGGAGCGGGCCCCCUUCCUGCAGUCCUUCGCGGCAGGCUGCACGGCCGGAUCGGUGGCAGCUGUAGCCGUCACUCCACUGGACGUCAUUAAGACCCGUAUACAGACCCUGCAGAAAGGAAAGGGGGAGGACACAUACCGCGGCAUAGUUGACUGCACACGGCGGAUCUGGAGUAAAGAGGGACCGGCGACAUUCCUCAAGGGGGCGACGUGUCGUGCCCUCGUCAUUGCCCCCCUCUUCGGCAUCGCACAGGGGGUCUACUUCCUGGGUGUAGGGGAGCAGUUGCUCGGGCUGCUGGGAUAGCAGCGGCAUUAGGCGACGUCCCUUUUUGCAGUGCAAAACAUACUGCUUUUAGCAGUGAGAGUGAAUGGAGGGGAACUAGGGACCCUUUACUGUAUGAGUGGUGAGUAGAGAGAGAGGAAGAGUGAGGAAGGUCACGAUCAGCCACGGAUGAAGAACGGGUUCGAUAGAGGCCCAACUGGCACGUGAACUAAUUUUGUCUAGAUUUUUUUUUAAAGCUGUAAGCAAGGUUCUCUAGGUUAAACAGGGUCGUGAGCGUUUUGUGUGUUUGACUAAUCUGGACGCAUCUCAGCCAGGUUGAUGUCCCGGGGGUUGUAACUUCCACCUCGGGGGGCAGCUUCGCCUGCAUGUAUGCAAAAGGCUCCUUCGGUUUGAAAUCACUAUGGAGGUUGCCACGCUUUCAUGUAAUUUGUUGGACAGUAGAACAAAAUCAUUGUAACAAAUCCCUAGCUGUCACGUUUUGAUGAAUGUUGUUGGAUUAAGGAACAAUGCGCGGGGCUAUGUGGUAUAUGGCCAGUAUAGCCAUGCAGCAUUGACAAUAUACCAGAAACCCUGAGAUGCCUUAUUGCUAUCAUAAACCGGCUACAAACACAUUUACAACAGUAAAGUACUUUUGUCAUACUGUAGUAUACUCUUUUAUACAUAAACUUUCAGCCAAUCAGCAUACAGGGCUUGAAUCACCCACUUAAUCAUUUUUAAUACAUAGCCACAUUUCGGCCUGCAUUUCAAAGCAAACGGUCCACCCAUAGUGGAGACAGGCUACACUUUUCAUUACAUGACAAAACCUCCACAACGGCUGGUUGACUGCCACCCGUCAGUCCAGAGCUGUAACCUUGGGCUCCUUUAUCAAGCACUGCCAGUUGACUCCGUAGGAUCAUUUGUUAAUUUGCUGUUAAUGCUUUAAUCCUGGUCUCUGUACUGUAACCUGAUGAACAGCUAGGCCUCCUCCCCUACACGCAAGGCUCCACCGCUGGGCCUGCUCUCCGUAAGACCUUUUCCUUCCGGUCCUCCACUGCCCUGAGCCUCAGAAGCAAACCUCUUCAGAGUGCUAGCUGUGUUACUCUCAGCUUAACGGUUUAACACGCUGAAUGUUGCCCACACAAUAAAAAUAAUGCAAAUCAA